GCUCCGGCCGCCGCAGCCCAGUGCCCUCUACCCGCGGCGGUGGAUGGCAUGAUGGUGCGGGGAAGGCACCGCGGCCUUGGCCAGCUGAGUCGCGGGGGCGGCGGCAGCGGCGGUGGUAGCGGGCUCCCCAGCGGCAUGCCAGUGCCCCCUGGGAGCGAUGGCUAGCGGCAGCGCUGGGAAGCCCACUGGCGAGGCGGCUUCUCCGGCUCCUGUGAGCGCCGUCGGUGCGGCCAGCUCGCAGCCACGGAAGAGGCUGGUGUCGGUCUGCGACCACUGCAAAGGCAAGAUGCAGCUGGUGGCCGACCUGCUACUACUGUCCAGCGAGGCCCGGCCAGUGCUCUUCGAGGGCCCCGCCUCCUCUUGUGCUAGUGCGGAGUCCUUUGAGCAGUGCCAGGACACCAUCACUGCGCGCACCAAGGGGUUCUCCAUUCUCACCCAUGAUGUGCAAAGCCAGCUUAACAUGGGYCGAUUUGGAGAGGCUGGGGACAGUCUAGUGGAGCUGGGCGACCUGGUGGUGUCGCUGACCGAGUGCUCAGCCCACGCCGCCUAUCUGGCUGCAGUGGCCACCCCAGGCGCACAGCCUGCUCAGCCUGGCCUAGUGGAUCGCUACCGCGUGACACGCUGUCGCCGCGAGGUGGAGCAGGGCUGCGCGGUGCUAAGAGCCACCCCACUGGCUGAUAUGACCCCGCAGCUGCUGCUGGAGGUGUCGCAGGGCCUGUCGCGCAACCUCAAAUUCCUGACGGACGCAUGCGCCCUAGCCAGUGACAAGUCACGGGACCGCUUUUCACGCGAGCAGUUCAAGCUGGGCGUCAAGUGCAUGAGCACCAGUGCAUAGGCGCUGCUGGCUUGAAGGGAGGUGAAGGUGGCACCCAGUGAACUGGCGCGCAGCCGCUGCGCGCUCUUCAGUGGGCCCCUGGUGCAGGCUGUGAGCGCACUGGUGGGCUUUGCCACUGAGCCGCAGUUCCUGGGUCGCGCGGCCGCUGUGAGCGCAGAGGGCAAGGCGGUGCAGACCGCCAUCCUGGGUGGUACCAUGAGCAUGGUGUCAGCCUGUGUGCUUCUGACCCAGUGCCUCAGGGAUCUGGCGCAGCACCCCGAUGGGGGCGCCAAGAUGUCGGACCACAGGGAGAGGCUGAGGAACUCGGCCUGCGCCGUGUCUGAAGGCUGCACCCUGCUAUCUCAGGCUUUAAGAGAGAGGUCUUCACCCAGGACUUUACCGCCAGUAAAUUCCAAUUCUGUGAAUUAGCAACACCCCCCUCCACCCCAUGCCCUUUCUUCUACCCCAGCCUAAAGGAAGACACUUAUUCUC